GCAUGCGCUCUCGGUACUCGUGACGUAGGGUCUGGUGUCCGGUUAGCUAGCUUCUGGCUAGUUAGCAAGUCGUUCAUACAGCGCGCUUAGAAACCGAGAAACUUUAGCUUACUAGUAAUUAGACAGAAUUUUUCGUCAUUUGUGACUGCUGAUAUUGACAAUGGACGACGAGACAUACCCUAGAACAUUGUACGUGGGAAACCUCUCCAGGGAUGUCACGGAGAUUCUAAUUCUACAACUCUUCACCCAGAUAGGGCCUUGUAAAAGUUGUAAAAUGAUCACAGAGCAUACAACAAAUGAUCCCUAUUGCUUUGUGGAAUUCUUUGAGCACAGAGACGCUGCAGCAGCUCUAGCAGCCAUGAACGGAAGGAAAAUACUAGGAAAGGAGGUCAAAGUAAAUUGGGCCACAACUCCUAGUAGUCAAAAGAAAGACACAUCCAACCACUUCCAUGUUUUUGUGGGUGAUCUGAGCCCUGAGAUUACCACUGAGGAUGUGCGGGCUGCAUUUGCACCUUUUGGGAAAAUCUCAGAUGCUCGUGUCGUGAAGGACUUGGCGACAUGCAAAUCAAAGGGGUAUGGAUUUGUGUCCUUCUACAACAAACUGGAUGCAGAGAAUGCCAUUGUUCACAUGGGGGGCCAGUGGCUCGGAGGACGUCAAAUCCGGACCAACUGGGCAACACGAAAGCCACCUGCUCCAAAGACCUCUCAGGACAAUGGCUCAAAGCAGCUGAGGUUUGAUGAUGUUGUGAGCCAGUCCAGUCCUCAGAACUGUACUGUGUACUGCGGAGGGAUUCAGUCUGGACUGUCUGAUCAAUUAAUGCGGCAGACUUUUUCACCAUUUGGUCAGAUUAUGGAGAUCAGAGUCUUCCCAGAGAAGGGAUACUCCUUCAUCAGGUUUUCCUCCCACGAUAGUGCGGCCCAUGCCAUUGUGUCAGUAAAUGGCACAGUCAUUGAAGGACACAUAGUGAAGUGCUACUGGGGCAAAGAAUCAUCUGAUAUGACCAAAAAUUCACAGCAGGUUGAGUAUGGUCAGUGGGGGCAGUGGAAUCAGCUCUAUGGUAAUACACAGCAGCAGCAACAACAGCAGUAUGGGCAGCAGUAUGUGACAAAUGGAUGGCAAGUUCCCUCCUACAGCAUGUAUGGACAGUCGUGGAACCAACAAGGAUUUGGAGUAGAGCAAUCCCAGUCACCCGCCUGGGUCGGAGGAUUUGGCUCUCCGUCAGCUCAGGCUGCAGCUUCAGCAGGUUCAGUUGUGUCCAACCUGACCAACUUCAACAUGGCUGGGUACCAGACACAGUGAACUGGUCCUAACACAAGUGUAAUGAGAAGAACCAGCAGUCAAGGGCCGGUGGCCAUAUUCUUAAAGCCCAUAGUUGCCCCACAAGAACUGGUUUAACCAAUAUUUUAAACAAUAGUGCCCAACUUUCCAACAAUACAAGGAAACUCCAUUCUGUACGUUCAUAGUUUUCAUUCAAGUCUAUCGAGACGACAUAUGGUGUGUCACAUGUAACCCAUCAUUGCUCCAAUGGCAACGAGCCACGGCAACCUUAAGUAGUUGGUCUGUGUUCAGCCAACAGCCAUAAAUUCACGUUGUUUUUGAUAUGAAUGACAAGUGCUUUGUGAAUAGAACUCAACCGUUUCUAUGGAGUGCUGUGGAUUUAAAUAAUUAUCAUAAGAUGUGGAGGCAUUUCUUAGUUUUAUAUACAAGAAAAAGAUUCAUUUCACAGCUCCUUAAGCUUGCUUUUUUCUGAGUGAUCAACAGCAUGUUCUUAGUAAGUUUUGAUAUGUUUUAGUAUAGAGGACCUGUCCCGUAGCAAAGGAGAAACUCCACGAUAGGUUCACUUUUACAUAUAAUUACAGCAAAAAAAAAAUGUCCUCUAUGCUGAUUCUGGGCUGGUUUCCUAGAGGAAUAUCAAGUAUUCAUUUUUCUGAGCUAUUGUAACCUUGGCAUUAGGCUCGUAGACCUAAGCGAAGAACAUUGGUCAGAGUUGGGUUUUUUUGCAUGUUUUUUUGCAUUUUUUGGACAUUAAACUCUACUUUGCACCUUUGUGCACUCUUGACUUAAAGGCAAAUUGUGAUUUAAUUGCAUAGGUGCCAUUUUUUUUUUUUAUGACUAGUAGAGUAAACAUACUUGAUAAUGAUUUCAUUUUUGGGACAGUGUAGGGAGCUGGGGGGAGGGGAUUAACAAAACAGGGUCAUACUAUGAGUGACGAUAACUGAUAGCAGACAUUAAUACAACACUCAUAAGGUUGUAUAUAACUGUCAUGAGUAAAUCCCAACAACGUAUUCAACUGAUCUGACCAACUAUAAACUCUCCACAGAAGAAUUAGCUAUUUUCUUCCAAGUCGCAGGUUGCAGAUGUUUUCGCUUGAACCGCACGAUUGUAAUAUAUUUGUUGCAUCAGAUAUUGAAUGUAAUGACAAUGUGUAUAACAGAAGUGAUGUUUAAUAGAAGCUGGGAAUGGCUUUCAUUUUAAAACACAGUUAGUCACUUCAAAUAAAGACACAUUCAAACCAGA